UUCAAGCAGAGCUCGGCGCGAAUGCACGUGCGAAAAAGCAUCGCACAACCGAACGAAUUAAUUGAUCAUAAAGUGUUUUUAUGUUUAACAUCCCGACAAUUACUCACCUUACUCAAAAUAUCAGCUGACGCACUGUGCUAAACCUUUUAUAAAUUAACGCGCAAGUGAUAAGCGAACUCAUUAAUAAUUGAUAAAAAAAAACAACUAAAUAAAGCGAAAAUGCGUGCCAAAAGCAACGGUUUAAAAUUCUGCAGUCUCUUGCUGGUGCUGCUUCUGACGGGUUUCUGCAAUGGUAAACCCGUAGAAGACGACGCAACGAGGAAAGCUGAUACUGCCACACAAAGUGAUUCGAGCGGACAGGCAGCCAAAAAUAACACAGCUGUCAGCGCUGGCGAGGAGCUAAACACUGCGACAAAUUUGGUGCUGGCCGAGAAUUAUAAAUACGACGUGGAAAUACUCGAGUCUGGCGACAAUGAUGACUCAGAUCAGGACAGCAGCAGCGAUGAGCUGGAGGAGCGCUUUAAGGGACACGGCAUUUACAAUACGGACACAGACAGUUUUGUGGCCGAGAACAUCGAGAUGACGCCAGUAGAUGUGGAGUCGAGUGCGAUCAGCGAAAGCCAUCUGCUGCUCAGCAUUGUGCUAGUAGUUGUGGCUCUGAUCUCUGUGUGUCUUUAUGCGGGACUGGUUAUAUGGCGGUCGCAUUUAGAGCAGCGAUAUGGAAUGCGAGAGAGACUGGUCAAUCGGGAUGUGGAUGAGGAGGGCGUCGACGAGACGGACUAUCAUGUGACAUAUCCUCACACUCUCAGCCCGUAUGCCCCCACCACAACGUCGGCUACGACGCGUUCGUAGUGCAAUGUCAGUUUUUGGUUUUAAUUUUAUUUGUUUUUGUGUAGGAUGAGAUUCAAUUACGUUUAAGUUAAUUUUAAAUUGCAUUUGAUAGCAUUGUUAAUUGGUCACAUGAAUUGGGCGGAGGGAGUUCAUAUAAUGAAUGCCAUAAAUUUGCACUCACUCACAUACCUGUGUGUGUGUGUGUGUGUGGACGGGUGCCUUUCAUGAACCGACGCAAUUAACUACAUACCUACCCACAACAACAAUAACAACUAUAACUAAUAAUAUAUCAAAGGUCAUUUUAGAAUAUGCAGUUGACAUGCCAAUUAUAUUUAAGUUUCUGUGAUAUUUUGCUCUAGCGACAACUUGACAACUAACCCCAUGCAUAGAGUUAAAAAAUAAAGUAUUUUGUAAACAAAGCAACUGUAACUGCAUUAAACGAAAUCAAAACUUAUUA